CAGGCCUCGCAGAGCUCAGCCACAUACACACACAUACACAUUCAUGCGCAAACAUACACACACACAUAUGCAGACAGAGUACGGACAACCGUCAAAGCAAAGCCACGUUUGGGAUUGUCUAACCUUAACGCUGCAAAACCUGGAUGCCCCCUAACCGCAGGAGUCAUCCUAAUGGGCCUUCGCCGCUGAUUUACAGCAACAUCUGGUCGACACCACAGUGGUAUCUUUUGGCUCUGAUGGUACUAGCUGAACAGUGACCGCUUCCUGCCUGAGGACACCUGCUCCCCAAUUCCCUUCAUCAUGUCUGGGAUUCAUGCACCAUGGUCGACUGGCACAGAGUGUGUAGCCAAGUACAACUUCCCAGCUACCAACGAACAGGACCUUCCCUUCUGUAAAGGAGAUGUACUGACCAUCAUCGGAGUUACCAGGGAUCCCAACUGGUACAGAGCGAGGAACACGGUGGGCAGAGAGGGCACCAUCCCAGCUAACUAUGUCCAGAAAAGGGAAGGAGUCAAGUCAGGAGGGAAACUCAGUCUUAUGCCCUGGUUUCAUGGGAAGAUAACUCGGGAGCAGGCCGAGCGGCUCCUCUAUCCUCCGGAGACGGGCUUGUUCCUGGUGAGGGAGAGCACCAACUAUCCCGGCGAUUACACCCUAUGCGUCAGCUGCGACGGCAAGGUGGAGCACUACCGCAUCAUCUACCACAACGGCAAGCUCACCAUCGACGAGGAGGAGUACUUUGAGAACCUCAUGCAGCUGGUGGAGCAUUACACCAAAGAUGCCGACGGUCUCUGUACCAGGCUGAUUAAACCCAAGUUGAUGGAAGGAACGGUGGCAGCACAAGACGAGUUCUCCAGGAGCGGCUGGGCCUUGAACAGAAAGGAGCUGAAACUGAUCCAGACCAUUGGCAAAGGGGAGUUUGGAGAUGUGAUGGUCGGAGACUACAGGGGGACCAAGGUGGCAGUCAAGUGUAUCAAAAAUGACGCCACAGCGCAGGCUUUCAUUGCUGAGGCCUCUGUCAUGACGCAACUGAGGCACAACAACCUGGUGCAGCUGCUAGGAGUAAUUGUCGAGGAGAGGGGCAGUCUCUACAUCGUCACAGAGUACAUGGCCAAGGGGAGUCUAGUGGACUACCUGCGCUCCCGAGGACGGACUGUGCUGGGUGGAGACUGCUUACUCAAGUUCUCACUUGACGUGUGUGAAGCCAUGGAGUACCUGGAGGCCAACAACUUCGUCCACAGAGACCUGGCAGCGCGUAACGUGCUGGUGUCCGACGACAACAUCGCCAAAGUCAGCGACUUCGGCCUCACCAAGGAGGCCUCCUCCAUACAGGACACUGCCAAGCUGCCCGUCAAAUGGACCUCCCCCGAAGCACUAAGAGAGAAGAGGUUUUCCACCAAGUCAGAUGUCUGGAGUUAUGGAAUCCUACUUUGGGAGAUCUACUCCUUUGGGCGCGUGCCUUACCCUAGAAUCCCGUUGAAAGAGGUGGUGCCCCGGGUAGAGAAGGGGUACAAGAUGGACGCCCCAGACGGCUGCCCGCCCGUGGUGUAUGACCUGAUGAAGCAGUGCUGGACCCUGGACCCCGUCGUGCGGCCCUCCUUCCGCAUGCUGAGGGAGAAGCUGCAGCAUAUCAGAGCCAAGGAGCUCUACCUGUGAAGAGGAGGCGUGGGAGGGAGGGAGUGGGGGCGGGGGGCGUAGGAGGAAGAGGAGGGUGGGGUGAGACGCAGCCGAGCGCAGCUGUAAAAUGGGGGGAGGAGGAGAAGAGGGACCACAGCACCUUCCUCCUGCCUGCCCUGCCUGUUUACCUGUAGGACUGCCAUACUGUGCCCCCCUUCCUUGACCUCAGACGUCCACCAGCCGUCCUCUGCUUCCAUGCAGAGACUGUUUUCCUGUUUGUGUUGUAUAGCUUUUGCCAGACAGUUUCCUCUUCUCUCGACAGGCCACUGCUCUUCCCUCCUUCUAUACCUGCCGCUGCUCACUCGCUCUCUCUCUCUCUCUCUGUCUCUUCUCUCUUGGUCCAAGUCUCUCUUCUCUCUUCUCUCUUCUCUCCCCUACCUGGAAGGUCCUUUUUCUUUCUGUCCUAUUUUUUUUCCUUCCCUCCUCCUCCUCUCCUGAACAUGGCAUUAACUGGAGGGGAGGCUGGCCUUUUCCUCCACGUUGGUCAGGUGCUCUUUCUUCUUCCCCUCACCCCUUCCAUCAUUCCUGGUUCUCUGUAUCACCGUGUGACUCUGCAUGCCUUUCAGCCCAGCUCUCUGUCAUUCCAUCCUUCCUUCGAUCCCUCCCUCCCUCCCCUCGGCGUGGUGUCAGGUGUGGGGCCUUCGCUCUGUGCCAAAGUGCCUCCAGUCUACAGAGCUCCAGACUUCCCUCCAGCACUUCUUUCAAUUGGACUGUUGUGGUUUGUUUUUUUUUUUUAAUUACUUUUUUUUAAGGAAUCUUUUUUAUUGCUUUCUUUUUUUUCAGGGAGGUUAUCAAACCAUUUUUUAGUGCUGUCUCCCCCACCUCCACCAUGUCCCCAUCAGACUGGAUUUUUUUUUUAAUGUCCACGAAGAGAGCCUGAACAGGAAGACAGAGGAAAUGGGGGUCAGUAUCAUGUUUGUCCUCCAACCAUGACAGCCCAGAGGAGCGGUGUAAGGGGGGGGGCAGGUCAAUAACAGGAGGAGAAGGGGGAGAGGCAGUUCACAAACAUGGUCGAUUCAUCAUAUGUGGGCUUGUUUUUAUAUCAAAAUAUAUUUAAAGGAUUAAAAAAAAAAAAAGAACAAGGAAAAAACUGACUGGGGCAGAGAAUUUAAAAAAAGGAGGACUUUCAGAAGCCAGGGGUCUCUUGGCGUUAGGAAUGUUCAGUGUUUCUGUGAAUGCUGGGGUCGGGGUGGUGCAUGCUGUGUGUGAGAGGCCUUGGGUUCAACUGUCAGUGCUUUCAAUGUUCAUUGUUUUAUUAUGCUAUCAUGAUUAUGAAUAAAUCAUUCCAUCUGAA